AUUAAAAUCUAAAUAAAAUGUCAAUAAAAAGUUGGUAAUUAAUAGGCUGUAAAGAAACCAUUUCCUAAUUAAGAUUUGUCACAAGUGGAACUAUAGCAGGCAGCAAGAUGUUUUACAUUUACUUCUAAAUACAACAAAAAAUAUUGAAACAUCAAAGCCAAUUAUAUAUUUAUUUUUCUAUACACUGAAGACAUUUGGUUUAAAGUAAAAAAUCAAUAAAAAUCAGUAUAAAAGAUUAUUGAUCAGAAGUUCAGCCAUUUGGUGGCUGACUACCCAAUUUUUGGUGCACAAAAGUAUAGGAACAGAUGUUUUUAUAGUACAUCAAACUUUAUAUUUGAUCACAUAGCCCUUGCUUGCAAUAACUGCAUUAAAUCAGUGUCAUGACCAAAUGGUUGUUUUCUACAUUUGUAAUACUUUUUUUUCAAUUUAUCCACUAUAUUUUAUAUUAAGUCCUUCACUGUGUUAGCCUUGUGCUUUGUGCCAAUGUCUUGCUGCAUUAAGAAUUUCUUCCCAAUAAGAUUGGAUGCAAGUCUCUGUUAAUCGACAAACAGAAUGUUUAAGACUUCUGAAUUUAUUCUGCUUCUUCUUUUAAUUAUUGUGCCUAUUGCAGAAGCAGCCAUUCAAGUCCAAGCCAUGAGAUGACUUCCACCAAUAAGUUUGCAUGUUUUGGAUUAUGAACAGAGCCUUUCUUUCUCCAUACACUAGCCUUAUAAUCACUUCGAUCGGACAUUCAUUUGGAGAAGAUCUGGCACCUGUAGUUUCGCCAUUUCCUCCCUACACAGGAAGUGUGAGGUGGCCGAUUGACGCUAUCGAAAUGUCUGCCAUAUUCAAUUUCCAGAGUUUACUCACUGUAAUCUUGCUGCUAAUUUGCACCUGUGCAUACAUAAGAGCCCUAGCACCAAGUCUGCUCGAUAAGAACAAAACAGGAUUUCUUGGGAUAUUCUGGAAAUGUGCAAGAAUAGGUGAACGAAAAAGUCCUUAUGUGGCCUGUUGCUGUAUCAUCAUGGCUUUCAGCAUUUUAUUUUCAGAGUAGCUGCAGUCUAAAUAAAACUUUUGAACAGAAGCCUCCACACUUGCACAUAUGUAAUUUCAUUUGUUUUUUGCUUUGCUGGCCUUUUUAGUAAACAUUAAUUAAUGUAUGUUCAUGGUUGCUAAUAAAAUGUGUGGAAUUUUAGGAAGAAACUGA